UCCCCUUCCCCCUUGUGCAUGUGGAAGUGGAACCGUGUUGUCCCAGUCCAUGCGGUAUUCUUGUUGGCUGUAAUUGUUCAGUGCCUUGCAUCGUUCACCUCUCACCAUGGGUCGUCACGGCAUCCGGAAUUCCAAUUCCUUCGCUCAGAAAAAGCGUAACCAGAAACACAAGCAAAGAGAUGUGUGGGACCCAGCUAAAGCCAAGAUGAAUUAUGCUGAUACACUUCGUGAGAGUGAAGCUUUCUUCACGUACUACAAGAAACAAAAUGUAUGUACUGAAGAAGAAUGGGACCAAAUGAUUGCAUCCCUCCAAGACACCUUGCCAACGUCGUUCCGUAUUACUGGCUCUAAAAUGGAAGCUCGUGCUAUGCUGGAUGUGAUUGAGGGACAAUUCUUCAAGGAUUUGCUUCAGGCUGGUGUCAAACCAGGUGCAGACAUCAAACCUCCCAAGCAACUUCCUUGGUAUCCUGAUAGUUUAGGUUGGCAGCUGGAUAUAUCUAGGAAAGACAUCCGCCGCUCAGAAGAAUAUUACCGUCUUCACAACUUUCUCAUUGCUGAGACUAGUACUGGCAACAUUAGUCGCCAGGAAGCAGUAAGCAUGAUACCACCUCUUGUUUUGGAUGUAAAACCACACCACAAGGUACUGGACAUGUGUGCUGCUCCUGGUUCUAAAACUGCUCAGCUUAUUGAGAUGCUUCAUGGGGAUCAGUCACCUGGGGACCCACCACCAAGUGGCUUUGUCUUAGCCAACGACAUGGAUAACAUGCGAUGUUACAUGCUGGUUCACCAACUCAAGCGCUUGUGCAGCCCUUGUGUCGUUAUCACUAAUCACGAUGCUUCUCAGCUGCCCAACAUGCAAUUACCUGGUGAUGGUGGAAAUUUGGUCCCAUUGAAGUUUGAUCGUAUUCUGUGUGAUGUCCCUUGCACUGGUGAUGGAACUUUGCGCAAAAAUCCUGAUAUUUGGCCCAAGUGGAAUGCAGCCAAUGGAAACAAUCUGCAUGGUAUCCAGUAUCGUGUUGCUCGGAGGGGCUUGGAACUUCUGGCUGAAGAUGGGCGUAUGGUGUAUUCAACAUGCUCUCUGAAUCCAGUCGAAAAUGAAGCAGUGAUUCACAGGAUUCUGAAGGAGUGUGAGGGGAGUGUGGAACUUGUGGAUAUCAGUGCAUCCCUACCAGGGCUGAAGUAUAAGCCUGGCAUGACAACAUGGACACCUUGUUCUAAAGACCUUGUUGGUUAUGAACGAUAUGAGGAUGUUCCUGCACAAUGGCAAACCCAAGUUCGACCAACCAUGUUCCCUCCCUCCCCAGAUGAGGCUCUACAAUUCAAUCUUGAAAGAUGUAUUCGUAUUUUGCCACAUAUGCAGAACACGGGAGGUUUCUUUGUGGCUGCUCUGCACAAACUGAAGCCUUUGCCAUCGGAAGCCAAACCAAAAGUAGUGGAUUCUGUUGGGGAAGCACAAGAAGGCAUGGACGAGACCCCGCAAUCUUCUGAAACACAGGCUGGAUCAAAAGGACCCCCCAAGAAAAAGCGAAGGGUGCAGGGAUACAAAGAAGAUCCAUUUGUGUUCUUUUCAGAAACUGAAGAACUGUGGCCUCUACUUCAGGAGACUUAUGAUCUGAAACCUGAGCUGUCAUGCACAUCAUUCUUGACAAGAUGUGCUGUUGGGAAAAGGAAAAAUAUUUAUUUCACUUCUCCUGCAUUGAAGGACUUGAUUGUUAACAAUGAGGAUCGACUGAAGAUAAUUAACACGGGCGUUAAGGCAUUUGCAAGAUGUGAUAACAAAGCUAUGAAAUGCUGCUUCCGGUUAGCUCAGGAGGGGUUAAAGUGCAUAGAGUCCUUUAUAGGCCCUAAGCGAAGAGUCCAAGUUCCCAAGGAAGAUCUUAUAAUUCUACUGUCGCACCAAGAUCCUUCUUGUCCAAGUGAAAUCGAAAAGUAUAGCCAAGCCACCCAAGACGCUUUAAACAGAAUAGAGGACCAUGGCAGUAUGGUUGUUGAAUUUGAAGGCGUGACUAGCUCUGGCAGGCAGCUCAAAACAACUUUGGUUGGAUGGAAAGGAGCAAAAAGUGUUCGAGCAUAUGUAAAUGUGGAUGAAUGUGUGCACACAUUAAGGUUGUUGGGAGAAGAUGUAACAAAAUAUGAAGUGAACAAGUUUAAGGACCGAACAGAUAAUGGAAGAGAAGAAGGUAAUGAGAUAGUUGAAGAGGACGACAAGGCUUCAGAUAAUAGUGUAGCUACUGUGUCAGUGAAAUCUGAAGAAAAAAGUGAAGAACCAAACCUUAAUGGAACUUCAUCAUAAACUUCAUUAUCAUUGAAAUUAAUGUUAUUUUAUGAUAUUCAACUGACUACAAAUUAUAAUUAAAGAAUAAAAUUAUUCAUAGAAGAA